GUCUUCGCGUUCCUCUUUAGUCUAUGGUCAAUUUGUGUUCCUUAUAAGGAAGCGUUGUCUUUUUCACAAAAUAUAGAAAAUCGACUAGAUUUUUCUUUGCAAAUAACAUAAACAUAGUUCAAACACUAAAAUGUCGAAGGCACAUCCUCCAGAAUUGAAAAAGUUUAUGGACAAAAAGUUGUCACUCAAGAUAAAUGCCGGGCGAGCCGUGACAGGUGUCCUGCGAGGUUUCGACCCCUUCAUGAAUUUAGUGUUGGACGAAUCGGUGGAGGAAUGCAAGGAUGGACAACGCAACAAUAUAGGCAUGGUGGUCAUUCGCGGAAACAGUAUCAUCAUGUUGGAGUCAUUAGAUAGAAUAUAGUAUUGUAUAAAUUCAUUACCUAAAUUAAGAUUAAUUAAUUUUAGAACCAA